UUUGGGUCCCACCUAAGCGCUCAACUGCGCAGCUUUCACUUUGAUUUUCUCAAGACAAAAUCGCAGAAUAUCGAACCUAGCCCCACGCGAAUUCACAGCACAGCGCCAAUUGCCCAAGCAUCGCCAUAUUCCGUACAGACCAAGGGUACAUAGCCCCCGGAAAUGCGCCAUGGGUGGUCAGAGGCAGAUUAGGCCCGGAAAGGUCUACCAGACCAUGACCACUCUGUUAAACCACCGAGUCUUCCCCACGGUCAAAGUCCAACAACCAGUAUGGUACAAGGUCGUCGAGUCGAUACCCCCUUCCGAAAUCCUUGUAAGACCACUCCCGCCUCAGCAUCAGAACCCAAAUCCGAGAGCGCGAAAACCGAGCAGAAUGUUCCAACCGCAGCAAAUAACAUAUGAGGAAGACGAACUACGGAAGACAUUUUAUCGAGACCACCCUUGGGAGCUAGCAAGGCCAAGGAUGAUCAUUGAAAUGGACGGGAAAGAUUCGCGGAGAUAUGACUGGUCUAAGGGUUUAAUACAACCUGGCAUGCCGUUAUGCGGAGAAUGUGUCGUUCAACGCCAAAUGUGGAUGAUGCAUACUAUCCCAGGCAUAACAAAAGAGCAAGCAUACGACAAAGCAAGACAUGAAUUUUAUGCGCUACGGCAGGAAGAGGAUGUCGAGCGAAGGAUAGCUAAAGAAGAGGCCCAAAUGGUAGGCGCAUAUUUCGGCAAGUCAUUCCUGAAAGUUGGCGUGGACCUCGAGGACGAGCAGUUCGAGAAAUGGAAGAAGUGGGCCACAAAGCAAAUCGAAUCGGUGCAAGCAGAGCGAGACGCAGCAUACACUUCAUUUGGCGUCGAGGAAGAAGCCGACAAUGUCGACUUAGACGAAGAAUUGGCCGUGGAAGACACUGCGGACAAACCUCCAGCAGCGCCAGCAGCGCGGUAGGGUCGGUAGCAUCGAUGGAUAUCGCAUCUAUUCAAUGUAGCACCAACUGUAUAAAUUUCCCACACGUACCACCAAGCCCAAUCCGGUCGACUUCGUGACUCUCGUAGAGUCGGGAUAUAAGAUAAAAACACAAUGCGCGCUUGUUCCUCGAUGAACGAUGCUCCUUAAAUUCACAAUGGGUAUCUUCUCGAACUACGACCCUUCCAAUGCGGAUCCUCCUCCCAACUGUUCUAUUCGUUGUAGAUAUGUUUGUCGUAUGGCUCUUAGUUUCUCUCUAUCCUUCUCUUUCGACGCUCUGUCGACGAGCGCCGAUAGGAGGACGCAUGAUUCUUGGUAGUAUUUUCGGGCGAAGGUAUAAGAAUGAGUAUUAUCAAGUUGAACUGCGGUAUUCGCCUUUGCCAGCGCCGUGGCUAGCAUUGCCUUCGAUGAAGGCAUCUUGGGUAGCUCUGAUCUGAGUCAAAAGAAUGUUGUUGAUGUUUAAAAACGAAACUGAAACUCGUCCGGUGUCACUGAUAUAUGAGGAGGAGAUGCGAUGAUCUGAUGCGAUCUGAUACAAGGGGGUGCGGGUACCCGCAUAUUCGCUUAAGCAGCUGCCAAAUGCGUUUAUGCGGCCCGCCAUUCGUCCAAGUCAGACGGUUGCUAUAACUUCAUACCA